AUGUCCGAUACGCAAAGAAACGGCGGCUACUCCCAAAAAGAGCUAGCUGGUGUUGCAUUGGCCAACAAUGCGGGGUCUCUGGGAGCCAAUGAGCCAGACUCGGCACCUAAGUCUCUAGCAGGCCAAAUCUCCAUGAAGGAUAUGGGCUCUCGAGCCAGGGUUGAAGAGAGGGAGGCAAAAGCACCAAGUGCGGAACCAACUGAGCAGAAACACAUUAGCACCCAGAGUGGAGCUCUAUCCUUGCAGAGAGACCUUAAUCUAGAAGAUAUAGCAUACAAGCCCACUACGGAGUCCAAUGCCGUGGCUUUCGAGGAAUUUAUCAGUGAGAUACGACAGUACAUUCCAGACGAGUCACAUAGUGUGAUUCUCUCUGCGGCAGAUACCGUGCUUGAGGUGUUGAAGAACGGAGAUUUGCCUGUUGAAGCAAAAAAGGCUGACAUUGAAGAACUACUCUCGGUAAAGCUCAGUGACCAACAGCUAGGGGAGAUGGUGAAAGCGUCACAAAAGAUAACAGACUUCCACGACCAAAAGAAGGAAAAUACGGUGACUAAUGGAAGUCAGGCAUUGGCCAUAGAAUUCGAAGAUGAAAGUGAUCAAGAAGCGCACCUGAACGUGGUAGUAGAGCCUGAGGGCGUUCAAGAUGUCCAGGAUGAUUUCGAAAUUGCAGAAACUGCUCCACAGGAUAUAGUGUCAGUUAAGUUGACAACGACACAGAGCCCUCAGACCAAAGUGUUGGCCUUGCAGGAUAUCAAGCGUGACUUCUUGUACAGCAGUGUGGCAGCUCUGAACCCUGAGUUGGAACAGGAGCAAAUUCGUGACAAGUGCAAACAAAUUUCUAAGCUUAUGGCUGAUAAAGAGCUUUCCCAAAACGACCUUGAAAACAAGCUUCUCGAGGUCACUGAGUACAAGCUACUAGAUUUGGUGAAGCUUUGCAUAGAUUACAGGUGGAAGAUAGUGUUCCAGUUACAAGUCCUCAGUGGCGAUAAGAAAAAGGCAUUUAAAGAGAUGGAAGAAAUGGGUCUUCAUCUGCUAUUAAGUGAAUUUGGUGUUACCAAUGAGCAACCCAAAAAGAGAAGGGCUCUGGAUUCUGGUGAACCUCUGAAGAAAACAAAGCCAGAGAUCCGAAAACCUAAGUUAGUGGAUCUUGAAGGUCUUGUUUUCGAACAAGGCGGUAACCUUAUGGCCACGUCGAAGGUGAGUCUCCCAAAGGGCUCAUAUCAACAAAACAAAAAACUUUAUGAUAUCAUUUCGGUUCCAGCUCUCGAGGGGCCUGCUGCAUCUGAUGAAGACCUUGUACCAAUAUCCGACCUUCCGGAAUGGGCUCAGGCAGCCUUUCCUGCUGGUGAGACGCAGAGAUUGAAUCCAAUUCAGUCCAAGAUCUACCCUCAAGCGUUCAAAAGUGAUGAAAAUUUGCUACUUUGUGCUCCUACAGGUGCAGGUAAAACCAAUGUUGCCAUGCUUACAUUUCUUCGGCUUCUAUCUAACUACCGUGAUGAGCAUACUGGCCGAAUUGCUUUGAGAUCAUUCAAGGCUGUGUAUGUCGCCCCAUUGAAAGCUUUGGUUGCAGAGCAGACAAGAGAAUUUCAAAGAAGGCUCACCUCGCAGUUUGGAGUUGUGGUAAACGAAUUCACUGGAGACUCAAGUCUCAGCCAAAAAGAAAUUGCGGAGACUCAAAUUUUGUUCACCACGCCAGAAAAAUGGGAUAUAGUUACCCGAAAACUGACAGAGUCUCUGUACGCCCAGCAGGUCAAGCUCUUGAUCAUUGAUGAAAUCCACUUGCUUCACGACGAUAGAGGACCUGUAUUGGAAAGCAUCAUUGUAAGAGCAAAGCGUACGCCAGAUAUAAGAAUAGUCGGUCUCUCAGCGACAUUGCCCAAUUAUGAAGACGUUGCUCGAUUCAUUGAUGUUGACCCAAAGAAGGGACUCUUUUAUUUUGAUGCUCUGUACCGUCCUUGUCCAUUGGAGCAGCAGUAUAUUGGCAUCAAGGAAAAGAAAGCUAUUCGUAAAGUUGCAGCUAUGAAUGAGGCGUGUUACGAUAAGAUGAAAGAGUGUAUCAAAAACAAUCAUCAGCUCAUCAUAUUCGUGCACUCCAGAAAAGACACCUACAAGACAGCUAAGUGGCUCUCGGAAAAAGCUGCGGAAGAUGAAUUACUGGUCACAAGCUCUAGUGUUGGUGCACAGGAGAUUUUGAAACAGGAGGCAGAAAACGCCCGCAACAAGAACUUGAGCCAGAUUCUACCCUCCGGUUUUGGUAUUCAUCAUGCUGGUCUUCAGAAAGAGGAUAGAGGAACGGUUGAAGAUCUUUUUGCUCAAGGUCAUAUUUCGGUGCUUGUCUCCACCGCAACAUUGGCUUGGGGUGUGAACUUGCCAGCCCACACUGUCGUUAUUAAAGGUACCGACACUUACAACCCCGAGAAGGGUUCCUGGGUUCAGCUUCUGCCUCAAGAUAUCUUACAAAUGCUUGGUCGUGCUGGUAGACCUCGUUACGAUAAGUCUGGUGUGGGUGUGAUUAUCACCGCACAUGACCAGCUUCAGUAUUACAUGGCUGUUUUGAACCAACAGCUUCCAAUUGAAUCGCAACUUAUGAGCAGAUUGGCAGACAAUUUGAACGCUGAAUCCGUUUUAGGACAAAUCAAGAACUUGGACAAUGCCGUGGACUACCUCGGCCAGACAUAUUUAUACAUCCGAAUGCUCAAAUCUCCUAAAUUGUACCAAGUUGGUGCCGAAUAUGAGAAUGAUAAAGCUCUUUACUGGAAGAGAGCAGAUUUGGCGCAUACAGCGUUCACAAUUUUGCAUAAACACAAGUUGAUCACCUACGAUGAAGACUCUGGAAAAGUGAUUCCUACAGAGUUGGGGAAGAUUGCUGCUUCAUUCUACAUCGGCCACUCAACUAUUUUCAUGUAUCAUAACAAGCUCAAACCGUGGAUGUCUGAAAUCGAUGUGCUCCGUGUUUUUGCCUCUUCUGAAGAAUUCAAAUAUGUUCCUGUCAGACAAGAAGAGAAGCUUGAAAUUGCUAAGCUUGCAGAAAAGUGUCCCAUUGCUAUAAAGGAGCCACCCACUGAACCCUUGGCUAAGAUCAACGUCUUGCUCCAGGCGUACAUUGCACACUUGCUGCUAGAGGGCUUUGCACUCAUGGCGGACAUGAUAUACAUCACGCAAUCAGCUGGCCGUUUGCUUCGAGCGAUCCACGAAAUUUGCGUGAAAAAGCUUUGGGCUUCUGCUUCACUCAUUACUUUGGAAUUGUGCAAGAUAGUCGAAAAGAGAACUUGGAACACGUCCUCACCUUUUAGACAAUAUGGUUCAUUGGCUUCUCCUGAGAUCAUCAGGGCAACAGAAGCUUCCCACUUACCAUUUAUAAGUUACUUAAAUUUAGAUGCUGCAGAGCUCGCUGAGGCAUUCAACUUGAAAGGACAGAGUCAAAAUCUUUAUGACUUGCUUCAGAAUUUCCCCAAACUAGAGAUCAGUUGCACUGCUCAACCCAUCUCACGGGAUACAUUGCGAAUUCUGGCAGAUAUCAAUGCCAAUUGGGUGUGGAACAGCAUUCUCCACGGAAGCAAAGAGAAUUUCCUCAUUAUGGUUGAGGAUGUAAACGGCGAGCUUAUCUUGUUCAGCGACAUCUUGCAAAUAACUCCAAGGAAUGCUCAGCGGACCAUUGCACUCGAUAUAUUCGUGCCUAUUUCUUCGCCGCUUCCGCCCAAUCUUUUCUUCACAGCAGUCAGUGAAAAGUGGUUAAACUGCUUGUGGAGACGUCCCAUAGAGAUGUUUCAUACACAGCUUCCGAAGAAACCGCUGUCUGCUACUGAGUUAUUAGAUGGCCAGAGCGUACCAACCGCUGCAUUAAAAGAUGAAAAAUUCAUUGAGUGCUUCGAGUUCUCUCAUUUCAACAGAUUUCAAUCUCAGGCUUUCCAUGCGCUUUGGCAAACAAAUGAUAACAUAUUCUUGGGAAUAGCGAAAGGUGGUGGGAAGACCGUCUGUGCUGAACUUGCAAUUCUCAAUCACUGGAGACAGAACAAACAGCGUGCUAUUUAUCUUCAGCCUUCGCAAGACCUUAUUGAUGCUACCUUGAAAACCUGGGAGAAGAAGUUCGCCAACUUGACCGAUCCUCCUAAGCAAAUUGCCAAGCUAACUGGAGAACUUUCUGCAGAUAUAAAGAUUCAGGCAACUUCUCAUCUUGUGCUAGCCACUCCUGCUCAGUUUGAUGCUCUCACGAGGCGCUGGCGCCUGAGAAAAGCUGUAACACAAAUAGGUUUAGUGGUGGCCGAUGAUGUUCACUUAGUAUCUGGUGGAGGUAGCGGAGGAACUGCUUAUGAGACUGCUUUGUCUAGAGUUCGUCUCAUGAGCGCUCAUUUGAAAUCAGAGCUUAGAAUCGUUGCCUUAUCUCAUCCGCUCUUGUAUGGAAGAGAUCUUGGAGAGUGGUUGGGCUGCACUAAGCAGAAUAUUCUCAACUUCGAGGCUUUUGAGCGUUUCAAACCAAUGACAGAAAUCAAGCUUGAAGCCUACAGUGGGUCCCCGCCUGUGAAACAGCUUUUGCCCAAAGUGAACGCUUUCUUUAAUGAAACUAAAGACUCGACCAUUGUUUUCGUUUCCAGUAAGAGUGCAGCGUUGGAGAUCCUUCCCGAUAUCGCCAAAUUUCUGAAGUCUGACGAUGUUGAAGCGUACGUGCUGAAAUUAUCUGUGGCUAUACUACGGAAAUUUGUUCAAAAAGGAGUGGGUUUCUUCCAUUUAGGCAUGCUGGGAAGAGAUAGGAUUGUCAUGGAAAGGCUUUUUACGAACGGGGUACUCAGUGUCGCUAUUGCAACAAAAGACUGUGGCAUCUGUGUUCCCAAAGCCAGAAAUGUGGUAAUUCUAGGUUCACAAGUCCACGAAAUAUCACAACCCUCGGACUAUUACUUAAACGAUAUUUUGGAGAUGGUGGGAACAUGUAGCGAGGGCCGGGUUUUGGGACUCGUCCAUGCACCAAGGGUGACGUACUACUCCAAGUUCCUCAACGAGGGUAUGCCGUUGGAGAGCUAUUUAUCCUUUGAUUUGCACGAUGCGUUCGUCCAUGAGAUUGCAGCUAGGACUUUCCGCUCCAGACAAGACUGUGUAGACUGGCUCACAUACACAUUCUUUUACCGUCGUUUGGUACAAAAUCCCAGCUUCUAUGGCCUUAAAAGCGUGGGCCAUGUUGAAGUUUCCGAAUUUUUGUCUGAUCUUGUUGAAAGCACAUUGAAAGAUUUGGCUGAUUCUGGCUUGAUCGAGCUUCACGACGACGAUGAAGAUGAAGAUGAAGAUGAAGAUCAGGAGGAGGAAGAAAUGUUACCACUUAAUGGUGCAAUGAUUGCUUCCCAUUACAGCGUAAGUUUUCAAACCAUGCAGCUUUUUGGGAAGCUCACUGCCAAGUCGAGACUCCGUGAUAUUUUGGAAACUGUUACAUCUUCAACGCAAUUCGAGCUGCUUAUUUAUAGGCCAGACGACGAGCAUACUUUGGCGCAAUUGGCUAGCGUCGUACCCUUCAAAGUUGGAUCCGACGUUGUAUUGGAAGCUUCCCUGACAAAGGCAUUUUUGCUUGUACAGGCCCACUUGUCAAGGAUCAAGUUACCAGCCGAUCUUGCUGAGGAUCUCAAUAUAAUCUUGAAAUCUAUCUUGAAUCUUGUUUAUGCAUGCGUUGAUUCCCUUUCCUCCGAAGGUUACCUCAAUGCACUUCAAGCAAUGGAUCUCUCGCAGAUGCUCAUUCAGGGGAUGUGGAAUAAAGAGUCGCCUCUCAAGCAGAUUCCCCACGUCAACAGCGGAAUGCUUGAGCGUUGCAAGAAGUACAACGUGGAGACGAUUUAUGAUAUCAUGACUUUGGAGGAUGAAGAAAGAGACGAUGUUCUUCAACUCGAAGGCAAGGAGCUACAGGAUGUGGCCGAUUUGGUGAACAAGUACCCCAAUAUUGAUGUCUCAUACAAGCUUGACUUGAAAGAUUCAGUUGUUGCUGGGGAGCCUAAGCUCAUCACAGUCACGAUCGAGAGAGAUGAGGAAAUGGAGGAUCUUGACGUCGUUGCUCCGCGAUUCCCUGGACAGAAGCGCGAAGGCUGGUGGGUUGUUGUUGGUGAUGCAGAUUCAAGACAACUUUACGGCAUAAAGAAGACGACGGUUGCACACGAGACACAGGACAUCAAAAUGGAGUUCACGGUUCCUGUUGCAGGCCACCACAGGUUGAGUGUGUGGUGCAUGUGUGACUCAUACUUGGAUGUUGAUAAGGAGAUGUCGUUUGAAAUUGAUGUCGAAGAGGGUGAGGAGGAUGAGUACUGA